GGCUUCCGGGCGGCGGCGGCGGCGGGCGCGGCGCGAUGUGCGAGCGGGCGGCGCGCCUGUGCAGGGCCGGCGCGCACAGGCUGCUCCGGGAGCCACCGCAGCAGGGCCGGGCGCUGGGCGGGCUGCUGCGCUGGGUGGGCGCCAGGAUGGGCGAGCCCCGGGAGCCGCUGGCCCCCGCCGUCCCCGCGGACCCCGGCCCAGCCUCGCCGCGCGGGGGCACCGCCGUCAUCCUGGACAUUUUCCGCCGUGCGGACAAAAAUGAUGAUGGGAAGCUGUCCUUGGAAGAAUUCCAGCUCUUCUUUGCAGAUGGUGUCCUCAGUGAGAAAGAACUCGAGGAUCUCUUUCACACUAUUGAUUCUGACAACACCAACCACGUAGACACCAAGGAGCUGUGUGAUUACUUUGUGGACCACAUGGGUGACUAUGAGGAUGUCCUGGCCUCCCUGGAGACCUUGAAUCACUCUGUCCUGAAGGCCAUGGGCUAUACCAAGAAGGUUUAUGAGGGCGGGAGCAAUGUGGACCAGUUCGUGACCCGCUUCCUCCUGAAGGAGACGGCCAAUCAGAUCCAGUCACUGCUGAGCUCCGUGGAGAGUGCAGUGGAGGCCAUCGAGGAACAGACCAGCCAGCUCCGACAGAACCACAGCAAACCGAGCCACGGUGUGGCACAGACCUGGUAUGGAAGCCCCACUCGCGCCUCUGCCCCCAACCACAAGCUCAUGGCCGUGGAACAAGGCAAGGGCCUUCCAUCUGCCACCGAGGACUCAAAGGAAGAGGGUCUGGAAGCGCAGAUCAGCCGCUUGGCAGAGCUGAUUGGGAGGCUGGAGAGCAAAGCACUGUGGUUCGACCUGCAGCAGCGCCUCUCAGAUGAAGAUGGCACCAACAUGCACCUGCAGCUGGUCCGGCAGGAGAUGGCCGUGUGCCCUGAGCAACUCAGCGAGUUUCUGGACUCCCUGCGCCCGUAUCUGCGGGGGACUGCCGGAGCGAGGAGCUGCUUCCAGAGUUGCUGCUUAACACCAGGCCCAGAAUGUAGUGUGUGCUCAGUUAACAACCGAGAAAGGAAAGGGGAGUCGAGUCGGUGAGGCUGAAGGGAAAUGCCCAAAAAAUGUAGCCGCCCCUCUCCCCUUCCCCACGGAUGUGCUGAGAUGGAAACGUAGCGGCCAUUCUCUCCCUCCUCCCUAUGGGUCUGUGGUGAGAUGUCUAGGGCGGGGCAAGGGGCCUCACCCUCAAAUUCCCGUUCAUCCCCCCAGGAUUAUGUAGCUCCUUGGUAAAGCUAGGCCAUGGCCACAGGGGAGGGGUCCACAGAAGACAACAGCCGUUUGUUCUUGCUGGUAGUAGCCCUUAAAGAGCAUGAGGCCCAGGUGUUUCCCCUGCCCUUCAUUUCUACACCAAGGCUCUGCCCAACUCCCUCCCUUUCCAGGGCUUUCUUCCAUCCCCAGGGCACACAUUCAUUCGCCCUGUUGCCUGGGGGCAUGGCUGUGAACCAGGCAGGCCAGGUCCUGCACGGGGUCUUCCUGGGCCCCCUGUGCACUGAGGCCUGACCUGUAGCACUAGGGGAGGAGCAGCCUGGGCAGGAGUGCGGCUGUUGCGGAGACCCAGGGUGGCCAUCAGGGGCCACGCUUGAGUAAGUAGCCAGGGUGGUGGGCAGGACCCACUCCCAUCCAGCAGGACAGACUGUAUAGGAGCAGGGGCCAGACUUGAUCUUUUCUCUGUUACAUGAAGUGGGAGGCCCCAGAGUGAAGUAGGGCCACCCCGAUAGGCUGUGGAAAGGAGGCAAGGUGGAUAUAGAGGCUCUGGUUUCGGAGCCUCAGUAGAAGACAGUGCUGUUUGUUGAACUGGAGACGGCCAGCUUGGAGAGCCAGGCGAGACUGCACUUGCCCAGCACAGUGUACCGAACGCUGCACAGCGGUGUGUCUGUCCCCCUCCCUCCAGGCUGAGCACUGUUGCCCCUCAUCCCCUGCUCUUGCCCCCCCGCCCUUUUAUGGUCACUUGGGGCUUCCUCAUUGUAGUGCACUUGCAGAGAGAAGCCCGGAGCGGCAUAGACUAUCUGCGCCUUUAAAAUGAGGUG